UAAAUAGGGUACUCACAUCUCCAUAACAUUAUGUGCUUCGCCGAGUCUCAACAAAACAAAUCCUAAACAGACCCAAAUUCUCUCUUCCCAUCUCUUAUUUUGCUCCUUAAUAUUCUUUAAUUCACAAAUUCCAACAAUCUUUUCUUCUGUUAAAGAACAGUGAAGGAGGUCGCACUGCGAUUCUACAUCUGCUUAUUUCACCAAUUUUUGUAGGAAUCGAUGAACUAAUGGACUCUAAAGGUGGGAAGAAGAAGUCUAGUAGUAGUUCCUUAUGUUACGAAGCUCCCCUUGGUUACACUAUUGAAGACGUUCGACCCAACGGAGGAAUCAAGAAAUUCAGAUCCGCUGCUUACUCCAACUGCACUCGCAAGCCAUCCUGAGAUUACCCGUGAUCUAGAAUAAACCACCAAAGGUGGUUCAAGUAGAUAGUAGUUUAAUUUUAGAGUUCUGUUCUUCUCAACUCUUUUUCUUCAUACCUCAUCCUCAGUGAUAAUCUCUUCCAAAAAGUAGUCCUUCCCAAGCACUCUCUUUCAAGCAAGAUGGCCAUCCCAGUUUCUGCCAUCGGAUUUGAAGGAUACGAAAAGCGACUUGAGAUUACCUUUUUCGAGUUAGGAAUGUCUGAUGGCCCAGGAUGUGGCCUACGGUCUCUCUCCAAAGACCAAUUGGAUGAAAUUCUGACACCAGCUGCGUGCACCAUAGUGUCUUCAUUGGCAAAUGAUGAAGUCGACUCUUAUGUCCUUUCAGAGUCUAGCCUCUUUGUCUACUCAUACAAGAUCAUCAUCAAAACUUGUGGCACUACAAAACUGCUGCUGUCGAUCCCACCCAUUCUUAAGUUAGCUGAUGCACUUAACCUGAAAGUGAAGUCAGUGAGGUACACUCGUGGUAGUUUCAUCUUCCCUGGGGCUCAGCCAUAUCCACAUCGUCACUUCUCCGAAGAAGUAGCUGUGCUCGACAGCUAUUUCGGUAAGCUUGGUGCAGGCAGCAGUGCAUAUGUGAUGGGUAAUGCUGAUAAACAGCAGAACUGGCAUGUCUAUUCUGCUUCAGCUGAAUCUGCCAAUGCCAAUAACCCGAAUCCAGUUUAUACACUGGAGAUGUGCAUGACUAAUCUCGACAAGAAGAAGGCAUCCGUAUUUUUCAAGACUCAAUCAAGCACUGCUGCUGAGAUGACUGAAGUUUCAGGCAUUCGGAAAAUUCUUCCAGAAUCAAACAUUUGCGACUUUGACUUUGACCCUUGCGGUUACUCAAUGAACGCUAUCGAGGGGCCAGCAAUCUCUACAAUUCACGUCACACCUGAGGAUGGAUUCAGCUAUGCAAGUUUUGAAGCAGUGGGUUAUGAUUUCAAAGCCGUAAACUUGACUGCCAUGAUCGAGAGGGUGUUGUCCUGCUUCGGACCUGCUGAGUUUUCUGUAUCACUACACUGUGACACUCCUGGGAAGGAACUUUAUACUGAGUCCGGCCUGGGCAUUAUCGGAUACGCCUCUGGAGAAAAGACUACUGAAGUGCUUGGUGAGGGAGGAUCACUUACGUACCUCACAUUCAGUAGCAAUGGUAGCUGUGGAUCUCCCAGGUCAAUCUUCCAUUGCAGUUGGAGCGAGAGCGAGGAUGAGGAAAUGGAGAAGAUAUAUUAAUGAGAAAUUUGUUUAUUCUCCGUUUUAGUAUGCAAUACUAUAGCUGGUAUAGAUCCAGCCAUGCUUUUCUUAUUGGUUUAUGAGUCUAGUAGUAUUAUAAGGUUUUGCUGUUUAUAUUCAGUAAUAUAGUAUGUCUGGGCAUCAAAUAAACAGUCUGCGUUGAGUCUAUGCAGAUCGCCAGCUUUAUGACGUUUGGUAUAAAUAUUCAGUCUUCUGUUGUGUAAUAAAACUCCGUUUGAGACUAAUAACAUAGUGUUGUCAUUGUGGAUAUGUUUGUAUUA